AUGCCAUUGGGGGGCUCAGUCACACACGGCGUCGGCUCUUCUGAUCAAAACGGGUAUCGGAAGAAACUCUCUGAGUUACUGCACGGCUGCGGCUACAAUGUCUGCAUGGUUGGAUCCCGUAGAUCCGGCACCCAUUUUAACAACGAACAUGAAGGCUGGCGGGGGUAUAGGAUCGACCAAAUCGAGGCCAGGGCGAAGGUAUCAGCAGCGAAGUUGUUGCCGCAUGUCUUCACUGUGAACGCCGGAUCCAACGAUUGUUUACAAGGAUACAAGUUGACAGAAGCACGAUACCGCCUUGUUCACCUCUUGGACACCCUCUGGGUUGCCUCGCCUGGCUCAACCAUUAUUCUCUCAGGCCUACUGGUCAACCAGAACGAGGUCGUGCAGCAGCGGGUUGAGGAAUUUAACAUUGAGGCGGAGAGACUAGCACGCCAAUUGACUCUUAAAGGCAGGAAAAUUGUGUUCGUCGACUUGCAAAGGAACGACGGGCCCGCCAUGGAAGAUUUGGUGGCGGAUGGGACACAUCCGAACGAUACUGGAUAUGAAAAAAUAGCCCGGAAAUGGCUAGGGGGCUUUCGGGUGGCUGUAAAAAGAGGCUUCUUGCCGCCCGCCAGCGAAUUCCAGAUAAGAUGA